GCGGCACAGAAAACAUUGAGUUCGCAUUCAAAAAUUCCCCAAAAAAAACGUGAUUUCUCCGUGAAAAUGGAAGAAGGCACGAGCCAAGGUGCUGCAAAUGCGCCGCCAAGCGAUCCCGAAGCCCCGGAUACGAAAAAAAUGUCGAUAAAGUUUGCGAAUAACCCAAAAGUCCUGAAUAUGUGUCAGGAUCCUGCCUUGCGAGCAGCGAAAAUUGCACCAAUGCCCACGAUACCGAACAUCGUUUUGAGUCCGCAAUCCUCGAAAAUUGCCACAACGACGUCGCUGCUGAAAAAAUUGCCCGGUAACAUCAGUGUUUCGACGCAACGCGUUAGCAUUCAGCAACCAGUUUCGCUAAUGCCCAAUAAACCCGUUGUCGUGCAAGCGAUAAACUCACCCACAGCCGAUGGCACGACAACAAACACGAAUGCGAGUACCGUGAGUGCCGCAAGAAAAGUUGUUUUUAGUCCGGGUGACUCGCGUUUCUUGAAAAUUGUGAAUGCAACGCCCGAAAACGCCAUUUCCGCCGCGAAAAAGGUGAUUGUGCAACGUGUGGAGCAAAUUAAGCCGCCGAAAAGUGUCGCAACGCCUGGAACGCCGCAAGAUCAGGUGAUUGUUGUGCCAUCGCCCAAGAUAAUUUUAACAAAAAACCCGGAUGAGCCGUAUAUUGUGAACGAAAUGCCGCCGGAGCUGCGUACAAAAGCCAUUGUAGUCAGCAGUAAUAACCCGACAGGCGAUCAAACGCUCGAAAAACGAGAUUUUACGAAGAAAUUGCUGCCCAUCCUGCCGAAAGUCUCCGUUUCGUCAACUUCUGUCAAAUUACCAACAACUAGUGGGACAAUUGUCAAAACAUAUUCAGCCAACAAAAUAAAUCCCCCAUUACCGCAAAAGCCAAUCGAACAUCCCCAAAUUCAGCGAAUCUUUGAGCCGCCGCAAAUGUCCAAGCAGGGAGAAUUUUUCGGAGACGAGAAAAAAUCCAGCUUUGAAAAGUUAGUGGACAAAUUUCCCGAACAAAUAUCCAAAGUGGUCGCUGAUGUGGCAAAAAUUACGCAAAAUCCGGUGAAAGUUGCGCCCGUCGUACCUGUACAGCCAGGCAAAAACGUGAUAAAGUUUGACAGUAUUUUCAAUACGAUCAACAUCCAAAUUACGGAUGGAAAGUUGUCGAAUCCGAAUGGACCGAUACAGUUACUUGAUAAGAACUGCAUGAACGUAGAGGCGUGCGAAAGUGCUGAUAAAAUAAACAAAAGUCCCCGACUAAAAGCCCGUUCAAAAUCAACCGCAAUCGACCAAACAAGACGCAUCGUUCCGGGUCGCAUGAACCGCAGCCCCUCAUUAUCAUCAAUUUUACCUGAAUUCACAAAGCAAUCCAAGUCCCUGAUCAAAGAAAUCGAGCAAAACGAAGCUCGUCGCAGCUCAUCACUCACGCCCGAAAACGCCGAAUCCACUCUCGAUACUUUACUUUGUGACGAAAACAUGGACAACGUAUCGGGUACGGCAUCAAACGAGAGUUCCCCAACCAAGGCGAGCGAUAUUUCACAACCAACUAACGAAGACGACAAAGAAAAUCUUCACUGCAAGAACGGCAACGAACCAAAACCCGAAGAAACCGACGAUUUUGACGUCGAAAAAGACACUUCCAACGAAAAUGACGAGAACUCCGACGUCGAAGUCGUUGGAUUUCCCGAUCCGGAUUGGAGUCAAAUGACGCCGCCCGAAAGCCCGGCAGCGUCACGUGCGAAAAAACGUCGCGCUUCGAACGACGAAAGUGAGGAUGACGUGCCAAAAGUGCUGCGAGUUCCAGUUCACAAGUUGUUCAAGUACCAAAGUGACCGGAUAACGGAUGAUAUUCACUUGAGUGACCCUUUUCGGCAUAUCACGUGGAAAGACGGCAUCGGAUCACUUGAGGACAGCACGAUUCAUUUCAAGGUCAACCAAUUGGGGGUUUAUGAGGUGAUGACAAAUGAGGAAUAUUAUGCGUUAAAACGUCACAAACCGGAUCAAGAGUUGUUGGAACCAGUUGGAUCGCGAGAUGCGAGCAAAAGAAAACGCAAAUCUGGCGUUCGAGAGGUUUUGUACAAGUGCAUGGUGUGUCGUGGCAGCGGAACAGCCGACGAAUUUCGCAGUCCGACAGUUUGUAGUUGGUCCUGCGAAGAUAUUUUGCUGAAAAAGAUCAAAACGGAGGACGAUGACGGCAGCGAAUCGAAUAGUACGUCGCCCAUGUCGGAUCUGGAUGACACAUCGCAACAGGAAUCGCUCAGCAGCUUCAGUAUUCCCGCAACGAAAAUAAAGAAAGAAUUUGACGCGCCACCGGAACUCUUCCAAAACCCCUUCCCGGCGGCGAAAAAUCACUUCCAAGUCGGUAUGAAGCUCGAAGCGAUCGAUCCUGCCAAUCAAUCGCUUUUCUGCGUCUGCACUGUCGACGAAAAACGCGGAUAUCGUCUCAAACUGCGUUUCGAUAGUUUCCCAGCGGAUUACAAUUUUUGGGUUGACGCCGAUUCUCGGGAUAUUUUUCCGCCGGGAUGGUGUUCCGCCACUGAUCGCAUCAUCGAUCCGCCCAACAAUUACAACGGAGCAAUUUUCGACUGGAAUACUUACCUAAAAGACCCGAAAGUUAUGGCGCCCGUUCAGAUGUUUCCGCAUCUCAAAAUCAACGAACCACGAAACGAGUUCUUCAAACCGGGCAUGAAAAUGGAAGUUGAUUGUCCGAUCAAGCUCAAUCUAGCUGGAGUGACGCCAGCAACCAUCACCGAUGUCAUUGGACGACGAAUUCUCGUGCACCUGGAUUUCUUUGACGUGCGUUUCGACUUUUGGACGUACAUCGAUUCGCCCGUUUUGCAUCCAAUUAACUACCAUAAGACGAAAAAAGGCGUAAAAUUGCGAACUUUGACUGAUAAAGAGUUCAAUUGGGCAAAUUAUCUGAAUCAGUGUCGGCAAUCUGCCGUUCCAGAGGAAGCUUUUGCAUCCCGCGAGCCGAUUCCCUUCCAAAUCGGGAUGAAACUCGAAGUUGUUGAUCCGAAAAAUGAAGGUUUAGUUCGCCCGGCAGUCGUAACCGACGUGGAAGGACACCGAAUUUGCGUUUUAUUCGAAAAUUGGCCUGUUUCGUACGCGUAUUGGCUUGAAGAUGACGAUCCUUCGUUGCAUCCGACGAAUUGGGCGAAAGUCACAAAGCAUCCAAUUGAAAGUCAUCGACCGCAAAAGAACAAAUCCGGCAAUAUCCUUUGCCCGGUGAUCAAAUUCUGCAGAAAUGUCGGCAAUUUUUUGUAUAAAUCGCGACUUUGUCACAAAGUUAAUGCCGAAUGUCCGUAUUUGCCGAAGAAUUGGGCGUCAUUCACACUGAGUGAUCGUUUGGAUUACAAGAAAAAACUGGGCGCGGUGCCAAAAGUGAAAAAACCUGUCGUGCCGAGUCAAAAAACCACCCCGAAACGCUUGAAACCCAAACCGAAUGGCGGCAUCAAGGAAGAAGAAGAAGACACGGAAACACCAACGACAAUAGUUACAGCUCCCUUGAAGACCGAGGAACAAGUAAAACUUAAAUCUGAACUCUUAAAAAUUAAUUCGACGUCUUUGCCGGAAAAUGCGCCCACGAAUUGGACCGUCGCGCAAGUCGCUGCAUAUUUAAAGACGAUUCCAGCGUGCGAAAAACACGCGGCGACCUUUGAAACGCAAGAAAUUGACGGAUUAGCGUUACUUUCGCUGACAAAGGACGACUUGAUGGAACAGUUGAACAUCAAAUUUGGGCCCGCAGUGAAGAUUUACAACUGCAUCCUGAAGCUGCGUGAGGAGAUCUUGAGCGAAAUUAUUAGUUAAGGAAAAAUUUUGGAAUAUUUUAUGGAAAAAUAUUAUUAUUUAGUUAAUUCUUCAUUCAUUCACUAUAAUUAAAUGGAAUACAAUAGUAAUAAAUUUAAAU